GACGGAACUUAUGAAUAAAAAAGAUUCAAUUUAAGAUUAAAUAAAAAAAAUCUUAAAUAUUCACUGGCUGGGAUGGCGAAAUAAACCAAUGUUAAAUUAUUUGAUUUCUAGAUAGUAGCUAGAAGAUGUAACAGGCUCGUCCUAGAAAUGAAAUCUAAAUUGACAGAGUCAAUAUUCGCCCGCGAAAACUUUUUGCAAAAGAAUCAAAAAGCAAUAUAAAGACAAUAUUCAAGAAUAGUCAAAAAGAAGGAUUAGUUAGACUCAGAGAAUCAUGAAAAAAGUGUAGAAUAAGUCAUUUUAUUUCAAAUAGAUUGAAAAAAAAAUAUCACUCAAUUCCUAAAUAUUAUUUGGACUUCUCAGUCCAUAUUAUUAUUAUAGAUCUUAUUAUCUAUAUUUAGAUUUGUAGUAUUUAUCUUAGUAUCUAUCUUUAGAUUGAAGAUUUAGAUAUCUUCACUAUGAUUAAUCAAUUUUAGUCAAAAGCUCAUUUUGUAAAUCCUUUAUUCGUAAUUCGCGAGGAGCUGGAUGAGAAGAAACUCUCACGUCCGGUUCUGUAGUAGAGAUGUAAUAAAUAAAAAUCCAUCAACUAUAACCCCAAAAGAACCAGAUUCCGUAAACAACAUAGAGGAAGAAUGAAGGGAAUAGCUUCUCGAGGUAAUCAUAUCUGUUUCGGUAAAUAUGCGCUUCAAGCACUUGAACCCGCUUGGAUCACAUCUAGACAAAUAGAAGCCGGCCGACGGGCAAUGACACGAAAUGCACGUCGUGGAGGAAAAAUAUGGGUACGUAUAUUUCCUGAUAAACCAGUUACUGUACGACCCGCAGAAACACGUAUGGGUUCAGGAAAAGGAUCCCCUGAAUAUUGGGUUGCUGUUGUUAAACCCGGUCGGAUCCUUUUUGAAAUGGGUGGAGUAACAAAAAAUAUUGCCAGAAAAGCUAUUUCAAUAGCAGCAUCGAAAAUGCCGAUACGAACUCAAUUCAUUAUUUCGGAGAUAGAAUAGAAAAUAUCACUCUAAAACUACCCCAAAGAAUCUUAAGAAUGAAACAAAAACAAAAAAAUAAGUUUCGUUUUAUGUUUGUGGACAAAAAAUAUUUCUUUUUUUCUUCGCCCUUUGCAUUGUGAAAGAAAAGAAUAAAAAAAAAUGCUAUGAUUCAAUCCCAAAC